AUGUCCGCCACAUCCGAUACAACUACGACGACGAUCACCCUUGACCCGUCGGUCAAUAAGGCUCCUUACCGUGACGCAGACGCAGCGGGUGUGCACCACCACCAUCACCAGCAUGAUCUAGCGAAAAAUCUUCCGGAGCCUAAAUCGCUCAAGAGCCAUCCUUCUGGAGCAGACACAGGAAAGGAAAAUGCGAGCAUUUAUUUCGUUGGGACUGCGACGACGAUACUUGAAUGGGCGGGGGUGAGGAUAAUGACGGAUCCGAACUUCCUUCACGCCGGAGAUCACAUCCAUCUUGGACCAGGCAUAACAGGCACCCGUCGAACGAAUCCUGCUGUCGAUCUGCACGACCUUCCACGUAUCGACCUUGUUCUGCUGUCGCACUACCAUGCAGACCACUUUGACGAACAUGUCGAAGCAACCCUCCGACGCGAUCUUCCCAUCCUCACGACCCCACAUGCCCACAAAGCUCUAACGACCAAAACACCUCCAUUCGAGAACUUCACGGCCGUCACGCCGCUCGAUACUUGGUACUCGGCCCUCCUCAACGUCGCCGACUCGUCGUCUACGUCGUCUGGUACGGGGAAGACAAUCAAAGUGACGGCUAUGCCCGGAAAACAUGUUCCUCCAGGACCUGGCGAUUUGAUCGAGAAGGUGAAUGAGAUUGUAAAAGCUGUGCCGCCGACUAAUGGAUGGAUGAUUGAGUUUAUGGGGGAGAGGGCAGAGGGAGAAGGAGAAGGAGAGGGGAAUGGUGUGGGAUAUCGGGUUUAUGUGAGCGGUGAUACGCUGUUCGUUGAUGAGUUGAAGGAUAUACCGAAGAGGUAUCCGCAUGUGGAUCUGAUGCUCAUACAUCUGGGCGGAACGACGAUCCCGGGGCCUUCGAUGCCAUUGCUUAUGGUGACUAUGGACGCGACGCAGGGCAUCCAGCUCGUUCAUCUUAUUCAGCCAGACGUGACGAUUCCGAUUCAUUAUGAUGAUUAUGAUCUGUUCUUGAGUCCGCUGGAGGACUUCAAAAAAGCGAUGACGAAUGCGGGACUAGAUAGUAAGGUGGUGUAUCUGGACAGGGGCGAUGGGUACAAGUUCACCGUGAGGGAGUGA